GACAAAACGAGGCCACACUCAAAUUGCCUCCAUCCUUCGCUGACUCUGUCUCGCAACCGCCAUCACCACCGUGUCACCGCCCCGAGCUCCUCUGUUAGCUCGGACUGUCAAUGCCUGCCCAGAAGCGUCCGCUCGAUACUACUCCUCCUCCUCUUUCUCCUCCUUCGGCGCCCGAGGAAGAGGAUGCCGAUCAUUCACUCCAAAGCAACCCGAAUCACAACAACGGAGAAGCCGAAAACGAAGAAGUUUCCAAUGGCAGUCCUUCCUCCAGUGACGAAGAGAAAGACGAAUUUGUCAUUGUGAAAUUGUCAGAAAUACGCAAGGAAGUUCAAUGUCCAAUAUGUUUAGGUAUUAUUAGGAAGACAAGAACAGUCAUGGAAUGCCUUCAUCGCUUUUGUAGAGAGUGCAUUGACAAAUCCAUGCGCCUUGGGAACAAUGAAUGUCCUGCUUGCCGCACACAUUGUGCUAGUCGUCGUUCUUUGAGAGAUGAUCCAAACUAUGAUGCCCUAAUUGCUGCUUUAUAUCCAGACAUUGAUAAAUUUGAGGAGGAGGAAUUUGCUUUUCACGAAGAGGAGAAGGCUCGCAAUAAGCAGAUCCAAGCUUCGAUUGCUCAGACUUUGCGACGACAAUCAGAAGCAUUAGGAAAGAAACGGAUGUCAGCCAGAUCAACAGCGCUGAAAUUUUUUAGGGGACAGGGCACUUAUAGAAACUUGAGGGGCCGAAGAAAUCCUCGGGUUGUUGAGCAUCAAGGAUCUGAUGAGGAGGUGGAUGGUAAUGGGCAUGAUGGUGGCAAAGACUCAUCUUCUGCUGAUGAACGCAGCACAGAAAUCAAACCAAAACGUCACAAAAGACGUGUCAGUGCUCGUGAUUCACAGAUUUCAGCAGGAGGCAAUACUGAUGCGGGUUAUGAUGAAAAUGAUUCAGAACUGAACAGAGAGUUAGUGGGUGCUUCAGCUGGCCUUGUUGGCAGUUCAGAGAUCCGUGCCUGGGGAAAAGGUGGCAUGCGCAGUCACACCCGUCGUGGCAGUCUCAAUGGGGCCAGUGGCAAGCUGGCCAGGAAUAGCCGACUUCGAAAGCUAAUUGAUCAUCUCCGAUGUUCAGAUGAAAAUUAUGAGGCGUUAAAUAUCAAUCUUAUGCUUGUUUCGUUGCAUGAGGAGAAAAUUCCGAGCCUGCAGCGUCCUUACCUUUACUGCAGCGCCACAUUGUCAGUUGGAAGCUUAAGCCAAUAUGUUGCUAGGCGGACAUCCAUGGAAGCUAGUGAAAUUGAGAUGUUUGUAAUAAAAGACUUCCAUCCUACAAACAACUAUUCAAGCUUCCAAAAAGAAUCCGAUU